UGUUUGAUCCUGUGUUCUCUGAUCCUCCGCUUCUUCCAGUGCCCCCCUCUUAUCUCCUGAUAAGACGUAUCGUGUGGAGUCACUCUGCAAAUGCUCAGUUUGGUGUCUUUUUUUCUUGAGAGGGUGCAUGUGAUCAGCACAGGGCCAAUCAGCACUGUCCAGACAGAGAUCAGGGGUCCUGCAUCCUCCUACAGCAGAAUGAAAACUCCUCCUACAAGCUUUAGCAGUGCACUGCUGAACACUGAUAGAAGUCACAAGACUGCUCUAACUGCUGAUGAGAAAAGGCAUUUAGCAGUUUAUAUUUACUAA